AUGGAUCAGAUGGGGGGAGGGGGAUGCCGUUCUAAGUGAGGGAACGAAUUCAUUCAGUCACCCCACCUGCUGAGACCCGGUCAUCUUCAAAUCGGGGAGAGAUUGUUCAUCUGCUCCACGACAUGGGAAGAUAUUUGCUCAACUUGCUGAGAUACCAGCACGUUCCCAUAAGUGACGGCCAGGGCAGAUUCUGCUUUGUAAUUAUAUUCUGCACUGAAUCACUCGAAGAACUGAACCAAGGUCAUAACGGCAGUAUCUCUCUCACUUUCUACUUCUCUCAGUCUGUAUCUCUCUCUCUCUCUCUUCAUCCCUCCCCCUCUCCCCUGUCCCUCCUCUUUCCCUCUCUGGUUCUCUCUCUUUUCAACUCAGUCUGUAAAGUAAGUGUGUGCGUCUGUAUGUAUCUCUCUCUCUCUCUGUUGUUCUCUCUCUGUCUGCGUGUAUCUCUCUCACUGUCUGCCUCUGUCUCUCCCUCUUUCUCUGAAUCUUUGUCUCUGCCCCUUUUUUUCUCUCUCUCUCUCUCUGUCUGUCUCUGUUUCUCUCUGUGUGUUUCUCUCCGUCUUUCUCUCUCUCUCUCUCUCUCUCUGUCUGCCUCCCUCCCUCCCUCUUGAUCUCUCUACAAUCUUUUGUCCAUACUGCCCUCAGGCAUGUGUUUGGGUUGCACUGGUUUGAACCAGGAGGAAUCCAGUUCCCACUGACCCAGCCCCAAUUCCAGCUUGUUGUCUGAGCCAGGAGUGGAUCGCAGUGAGACGCCGCCGAGAGAGAGUGACACACACAGAGACAGAGACAGCUAAAAAAAUCCAGAUGCCAGAAAAGGAGAGCAGGCCGGAAGGCGAGGGGGAGAGCCAGGAGAGGGAUGAGGCCAAGAUGACGGAGGAGACCAAAGGCUGGCUGAAGAUGCCAUCUUCAUUCACAGAGGCUCUGAGCACCUUCUGUAGCACGACCACCAUCCACGGGGCGGUAAGGCUGAUCUGUACUGAGGGCAAUCGAAUGAAAACCGGCCUAUGGGCAGCCAUCCUAGCACUCACCCUGGGUGCCAUGUACUGGCAGUUUGGCCUCAUCUGUCGGCAGUACCUACAGUUCCCCGUUCAAAUUUCACUCUCGAUCCACAGCGGCAAAAUUGAGUUCCCCGCUGUCACCAUUUGCACUCUCAACCCAUACAGGUACGAGGAGGUAAGUGCCAACCUGAGGGAACUGGACCUGUUGACCCGGGAGGCGCUGUACCUCCUGUAUGGCUACCGGGGCCCCGGGAAUGGAGCCUCCACGCCACCCAGCCAGGAUCGCCAGGCUGCCAUCCCGCGGCGCCUGGGCCUGCGGCUGAUCAACCCAGGGUGGCGGCACGGAUCGCCCGCCCUGGAGAUCGGGCCCCGGCGGGCGGGUGGCAGAGCCGGCGAUGCCUGGGCCCACAACCCACCUCUGACCCGAAACAGCUCUUGGAAGAUCGGCUUCGAGCUGUGCAAUUCCACUGGCGGAGACUGCUUUUACAACUGGCACUCAUCCGGCGUGGAUGCCCUGAGGGAGUGGUACACCUUCCACUACGUGAACCUCAUGGCACGCAUCUCCCGCGAAGCAGCACCCUCGGACGAGGCGAGGACGCGAGAGUUCGUCCAGGAUUGUCGGUUCAACGGCUUCGCCUGUCGGGAGAGUUUUGACACAUCUUUUCACCAUCCAAUUUAUGGAAACUGUUACACCUUCAAUGGAAUUAAUAGCAGCACACAAUGGGAAUCCUCGCAGGCUGGAAAAGACCAUGGUCUGUCCCUUGUGCUCAGGAUUGAACAGAAUGACUCCAUUCCUUUUCUGUCGACGGCAGCUGGAGCCCGGAUGAUGGUUCACUCCCGGGGUCGCUUCCCCUUCAUGGAAGAUGGUGGCUUUGACAUUCGCCCAGGACUGGAGACUUCCAUCAGCAUGAGGAAGGAGGUGGUAUCUCGCCUUGGACAGCCAUACAGUGACUGUACAGAGAAUGGCUCUGACGUGAAAGUUCAUAAUCUCUACAAAUCUGACUACACCCAGCAGACUUGCGUCCGUUCCUGCUUCCAGCUCACCAUGGUGUCCCGCUGCGGCUGUGCCUACUAUUACUACCCGCUGCCCUCAGGAGCAGAGUACUGCAAUUACAACAAACACACCGCUUGGGGGCACUGCUAUUACCGGCUGGCAAAAGAAUUCACAGACGACGUCCUCGGUUGUUUCAAAAUCUGUCAGAAACCAUGCAAACAAACUGAAUAUCAAAUGACAGCUGGAUAUACAAACUGGCCAUCAAAAAAUUCAUGGAGCUGGAUGAAUCCUAUCUUCCAGAAUCAACACCGUUCUGCCACCUCCAACAGGAAGGAACUAGCCAAACUGAACCUCUUCUUCUGUGAGCUGAACUACAAAUCGAUGAGGGAGACCGCAGCACUGCCUGUGGCGGUCAUGCUUGCCAACUUGGGAAGCCAAUGGAGUCUCUGGCUUGGCUCCUCUGUCAUGUCUGUCCUGGAGAUGGUGGAACUUAUCUUCGACCUUAUCACCCUUGCUGUCAUCUUGCUCUGGGCCCGCUCUCCGACCCCGGGACCUCCCGCUGAGGACUCCGCCCAUCCGUCAGAUGCUACCCUUCAUGUGCCCCCCUCAUUCUUGUAAAUCCCAAAGAGUACGGACCUGUCCUCUACAGAUUACUCGGUAACGCCACACCUCUGGGAUCAGCAAGUGAACCUUCUUCGGAUUGCUUCUGACAUCAGAAUCUACUUCCUCAGAUACAGCACCACAAAACAGUUUCUUCGGAUACAGGACCCACCCCAAAAACUGUUUGCGUAUGCUGGCUGUGGUCUGACAUGUAACUUGCACAUUUCUAGCAAAAUCUCUCCCUAAAUUUAUACACCAUUUCUCAGCAACAAAAGACCAUUUGCAUUCCCAAUUCCUCACUGAACUUAGACACUCAGAUUUUGUGAUUUAUGUACUCCUCGAAGUUGUCCUGUCUGGCAACCUUCACAGUCUGUCAGCUUUGAAAUAAUAUCCCGUUUCUCUAUUCUUCCUGCCAAAGUGCAGAACUCCUCAACCACCCUCACCUCAAAAUGAUUGGAGUGCGAAUGGAUUUGGCACUGGAACAGUUCGAGGAUGAGGCUGGGAAUGAAAUACAGUGAGCGAUAUUGUUCCAUUGAAAGAUAGAGAGAGAAGGAAAGAGCCAAGAGAGAGACUGAAGGAGACAGCAACAAAGAGAGGUAAAGGUGGAGAACGAGAGACAGUGAGAGACAUACAGAGUGCUAAAACAGAGAGAGAGGUAGGGAGACACAGAGAAAGGGGAGGAACAGGGAGAGGUAGAAAGAGAGGGAAGCAGAGAGCGAGGGAAGCACAGAGAGAGAGUGUGAAGGAGACAGCAAGAGAGAGAGAGAAAAACACAGACAGACAAAGUGUCAGAAAGAGCGAGAUACAGUCAGAGAGAGAGGUGGAGAAACAGAGAGAGACAAGGACAGGUAGAGAGAGACACACAGAGAGAGAGAGAGAGAGAGAGAGGGGAAAGGAGACAGCAAGUGAGAGGUAAAGAUAGAGAAAGAGAGACAGAGUGAGAGACAGAGCAGUGAGGGAGAGGGAAAAAAAAGAGAGCGUGAGAAAGGAGACAGAAAGGGAGAGAGACAGAUAGGGAGAAAGACACAGAAAGACACAGAGAGAGAGAUGGUAAGAACUGAAAGAACUGCAGAUGCUGUAAAUCAGAAUCAAGAACAGACAUUACUGGAAAAGCUCAGCUGGUCUGGCAGCAUCUGUGUACAGAAAUCAGAGUUAAUGUUUUGGGUUACAGCUUUUUUUUGCAGAAGGUAGGGUACAGGGAAGGGGGUAAGGAGUAAAUUAUAGGUGGGAAUAGUCUCAGAGAAUCAAUGGUUGCUCAUGAGGACUAUUAGUGAACAAUGGGUUGUGUCUAACUGCAGACCAUGUGAUUAGAUUAGAUUCCCUACAGUGUGGAAACAGACUCUUCGUCCCAACGAGUCCACACCGACCCACCAUUUCCCCCUGAGUAAUGCACCUAAUGCUAUGGGCAAUUUAAUAUGGCCAAUUCACCUGACCUGCACAUCUUUGUGACUGUGGCAGGAAACCGGAGCACCCGGAGGAGACCCACACAGUCACGGGGAGAAUGUGCAAACUCCACACAGACAGUCGCCCGAGGCUGGAAUCGAACCUGGGACCCUGGUACUGUGAGGCAGCAGUGCUAACCACUGAGCCACUCCUAUGACAAGGCCUGGCAAUGAGUGGGUUAGGUGAAGGACAUGACAGAAGGAGCCUCAUGCCCUGAAAUGGUUGAACUCGAUAUUGAGUCCGUGUAGAGUUCCCAAGCAGCAAAUGAAGUGCAGGAAUAAUAGCAGCAGGAGUCAGCCAUCUGCCACUCGGACCAAAAUAGAUGACCUACUUUUACCAACAUUGUACUCCAUCUGCCAGACCCAGUCCACUCACUUAACCAAUCUACGUCCUUCAGCAGACUUUCAGUGUCCUCUGCACAUUUUGCAAUAUCAUUCGCUUCUGUGUCAUCUGCCAACUUUGAGACGUUACCCCUGGUCCCCAACUCUAAAUCAUUUAUGCAAAUUGCAAACGAUUAUGGCCCCAAUACUGAUCUCUGAAGCAUACUACAAGCGACUGACGUGAACCAUUUAUUCCCCACUCUCUGCUUUCUGUUAGUUAACCAAUCUUCUAUCCAUGCUACUAUGUUAUCCAUAAUGCUGUGCACUUUUAUCGGAUGUAGCAGCCUUUUGUGUGGUACCUUGCCAAAUGCCUUCUGGAAAUCCAGCUACACCGCAUUCACCGGUUCCCUGUUAUCCACCGUGCUUGUAAUGAUCUCAAAGACUUCCAAUA